CGGCGGCGGGGAGUGCACGUGGACCUCAAGUUGAAAACUUUCAAGUUAGGCCAUGGACACCCCACUAAGGCGCAGCCGGCGACUUGGGGGCCUAAAGCCUGAGUCCACCGAGAAGCGAACCUCUGUUUCGCAGGUGAGGCGGGCGCUUGUGGAGCUAGAGGCGAACGGAGAAGACACGAGGCCGCCCGGGUCUGUCGAGGGUGUGUGGCAGCUUGGCCCAGCGUCCCCCGGGCAUCAACAGGAGACGAACACGGGAUCAGCCAGUCUGCGGGAGAAGACGGGCUUGGGGUCCCCUCAGAGACAGCCAGAGCCUGGAAAACAGUCACCCCCGCGUGAACGAGACGCAGGCGUGGAAUCUCCUCAGAGACAGCCGGAGAUAACUCCCGAGUCCCCCCAGCGACAACCAGAGCCAUGUGCGAAGCCACCAGAGGUGUCCCGGGGUCAAGGAGAACUGGACGUGUUCGCUCAAAGUACAGAGGAGGCGACCCCGGGGUCCCCAGAGCCGCAUCUGGGUCAGCCGGCUCCAGGUCCGGAGCCCUCACGACCACCACUGUCCCCCUCUGAGCCGCGCACGCCACUCCCGGCUGGGCAGACGGUGACAAGCCGCCCCCGGGCAAAGGAGCCACACGACUCUUGUGCCCAGACCCCCGCGUGCAAGAAGCUAAAGAAGGAGGAGGAGGUCCCUGUGAUCCCGAAGGGGAGGCCCAAAUCUGGACGGGUGUGGAAGGACCGCUCCAAGAAGAGGUUCUCCCAGAUGGUCCAGGACAAGCCCUUGCGCACUUCCUGGCAGCGCAAGAUGAAGGAGCGACAGGAGAGGAAGCUGACCAAGGACUUCGCCCGACACUUGGAGGAGGAGAAGGAGAGGCGCCGGCAGGAGAAGAAACGGCGCCGGGCUGAGAACCUGAAGCGGCGCCUGGAGAACGAGCGCAAGGCGGAGGUCGUCCAAGUGAUCCGGAACCCCGCUAAGAUCAAGCGGGCGAAGAAGAAGCAGCUGCGCUCCAUUGAGAAGCGGGAUACCCUGGCCCUGCUGCAGAAGCAGCCGCCGCAGCGGCCAGCAGCCCAGGUCUGA